CGAUGACGUUGCUGAACCGGGCGCGGACCUUGCUAUUCGGUUUGGCGGAACACUACAAAGCGCUCGCGAGCCAGUACGUGAUGUUCGGGAAGAGCGUGCUGGCCAAGAGUGAGAGUGGUGGCCUGAGCGAAGCUUUGAGACUGAUGAACGAGGCUCUGGAUUUGUACGAGAAAGGAUUGCAUGCGGCGAGAACACGGGAAGAGAUGCAUGAGCUUAAGGAUUUGAGAUCAAAGACGCUUCGGUUCGUCUCAGCCAUUCAUCUGCAGAUGGGUGAGUACGAGAGCGUAAUCAAGUGCGUGAAGGUGUUGAGAGAUGGUGACAGUGGGGAACACCACCAUCCAAGCCUUCCCGUGCUGGCCAUGAAAGGAUGGUUAGGGUUAGGGAGGUUCAUGGAGGCGGAGAAGGAGCUAAGGGGCAUGGUGGUAAAUAAGGGGAUUCCGGAGGGCGUUUGGGUAUCAGCGGUAGAGGCUUACUUUCAGGCAGCUGGGACGGCCGGAGCAGAGACGGCGAAGGGGGUGUUCCUGGGGCUGUUGGGGCGGUGCCACAUCAGUGCCAGCGCCGCCGUGAGGGUCGCCCACAAGGUGGUUGGGGAUGGUGGAAGUGGCGGUGAGGGGGCGAGGGUGAGGGCCAAAGUGGUGGCGGAAAUCGUGUCGGAUGAGAGGGUCGUAGCACUCUUCUCCGACGAGGCAGCCGGGAAGGCUAUGCAUGCUCUACUAUGGAAUUGCGCUGCAGAUCAUUUUCGAUCCAAAGACUAUGAAACAAGUGCUGAGAUUUUCGAAAAAUCAAUGCUUUAUGUUCCAUAUGAUUCAGAGAAUAGUAUACUCCGAGCCAAGGGCUUCAGAGUUUUGUGUCUCUGCCACCUUGGUCUCUCUCAACUUGAUCAAGCUCAAGAAUACAUCAAUGAGGCAGAAAAGCUUGAACCCAACAUUAAUGCUGCCUUCCUGAAGUUAAAGAUCUAUCUGCAGAAGAACGACAAGAAUAGUUCAAUUAAUCAGAUUCAAGCAAUGACAACUUGCCUUGAUUUUAGUCUAGACUUUCUCUCCCUUGCUGCGCAUGAAGCUGUAGCUUGCCGUGCUCUUACUGUUGCUGUUGCUGCUCUAUCUAGUCUCCUUAACUUUUAUGCCAAAGGCAAAAUAAAGAUUACCAAUGACAGAUAACUACACCAGCUUUAUCGCUGAUAACAUUUAUCCUGCACCAGUUUUGUUUUUAUCACUUGGAGGUGAUUUGUUUGAAGCAGAUUCUUGUUGAUCCAGAUUGUAUGAUGGCGUGGCUAUGCGAUGACAUGGCUGCAGCACAGUCAGCUUAUCAGUAAUUAGGUAGUGUAAUGUGUCUUAAUCAGAACAGCGGUGAGGUCAAAAAGAAAGCUAUACUAUAUGUCAUAUGGACGCGACAGUGAGCAUGAAAAAAAAAAAUAAAUAAAUAAUAUUAUAUUUAA